GCAGGUCUCUACGUUAACAGCUGCCCAAAGAGUCUUUGUAGGCUUUUGAGUGUAGGGCUCCUGUCAUCAAUUGUUUGAUCCAGCACUUUACCCCCCUCUCUACAGGGGAUCUAUGGCAUCCGAAUAGGGCAAGAAACAGCAAGACUCUUAACUCAUCAGAUUGACGAAAGCUGACUGAGUCAUGCAGUAUCUAAACCAGGAAGUAAAAUUAGAUUCAAAGCAUGAACAGGGAAUGGGUAUAGAGAGGGGAAAAUGUAGAAGAGAUUGGAGAAAGUUUUUUUUAAAAAAAACCCCUAAUUUUAGAUUUAAAAUCUACAACAGUAAAUUCUGAAGGAAUGAAACUCCACACUUAUUUUUUUUCAGGGCUUAAGACGUUUUUUGACUGUUAGUGGCACUUAUCACGUUGUUGAAAAAAUUUACUUACUCCCGAAUCAUCGCUAACAUUUUUGCCUAUUUUUAGGGGGUGAGUACUGCAACUUCACGCUCAUGUUGUCUUCAGUGGCAAGUCUAUUGGCUGUUAUGGUAGAGCCUGUAGAGGAGCAGGGUAGCCUCUGAUAGCAACUUACAGAUUUCCGCAUUUAACUGGGUAUGUGGAUGCUCUGGAAGCUGCCUGAUUUACUCCAUAAUAACGGUGAGCACUGUUGGCAUCUCGAUGUAAAAUCUGAGUUGAGGUGAAUGUGGCUACCUUUGACAGCAAGGAAGCAUUGCAUUGCAUGUGACACCAAGGAGCCUAGUAAAACUGAAAUUGGCAGGGAUCAGGGUAGACUUUCCACUGGCUGGAAUCAAACCUGGCGCAAAGAUGUUAUGUUUAUUGGAGGCCAAUCAAAUCAGCCCGAGGUCAUCGUUAUAGGAUUUUCUCUGGUAGUUAGUGUCCUAGGCAUAACUCAUUGUUAUGAAUCCCGACUUAUCUUAUCAUUGAGUGACGUCUAGGGAACUACAGGUUCCAGUAUGCUGCAGAAGUUUCUGCGCAUGCAUGUUCCAGGAGUUGGCAGCACAUGUGCAGUGCAGUGUUUGGAGUUCUUCAGGGCAAAGACAAGAGCUCAGUAUGCCUGCAUGAAGGAGAAAAAAAGAAAACAGCAUGAAAAUCCUGAUCAUGGGACCCAGGAGCAGGGUGCCAUAUCAAGGAGAGUCCUGGGACAGGGGAGGGGGAACAGGGAGUGGUCCCAAAAGAGUGAACCAGAGAGGAAACCCAGGGAGUGGUCCCAGAGAAUAAGAGAAACCCAAGGAAGAGCCACGGGAAGGAAGGAGAGCACCAGUAGGAAUAACUGGGGACAGGAGCAUAUAAAGUGGCUCCAAGUAGUAAAAGUGCUGCAGUUGGCAGGUUUCAAGUAUUUAGGGCUUGGGAGAAGCCCUGCAGAUCUGAGAAGGCAGCAGAAGGUUGGUGACAUCAUGCUGAAGGCAAAGGUGACCCUUUGGAGCAGUAGUGCUCUUUUCCGUACUGCUGAAGAACUGAAGUUUAAGCUUGCAAGUUGGUACUGGAGUGCAAACUCAAGAAUCCGGUCUCGAGAGACUAGAUUGAAACCCUGUGAGAUCUUUGAAGGUGAAAACUAGAAUCCUUUAUGAGAGACAGAGUUUCAACAAGAUUGACUCAGCGUUUACUGAUUUCUGGAACAAAACCCAGUUGCUGUCACAGUUUUCAAAGUACAAUUGUGUCCUCAAGCUACAGGAAUGAUGAAUGAUUCACAUCAUCUAAGUGCAAGGAUUUGCCAAAAUUGGACAGAUUUGAUAAAUUAAUGGCCAUUGUAGUGCCUCUGUUCUGACAGUUUCACUUCCAUGUUCAGAGAUUCAUCUUGGCCUGACUUGCAUUGUAAUUAGAUGUCAAUAACUGCAUUAACUGCCACAGUAACUUGUCAUACAGCCUGCUUUUCAAUUUAAUGGGACUGAAUGUUUGAAUGUACAUUUGUUUGUGUUUGUACAGAUACAGUAUUGUAAAUUCGCUAAUGCAUUAAAAUCUAAAUCAGUGUU